ACUGACGUCGACUCCUUGUGUGUAUAUAUCGGCGGAAUCACUCCCCUCAGAACAGAUCAGAGUCCAGUCAGAGAAACGGAACCGUUUGGAUCGAAUAUCUCUCGGGGAAUGUGUACCGUUUCAUCGCCAUUGCUUUAAAUUACCAAGCAUCAAACCGAAACGGACGCCAGCUGUUCGGGUUCUUAACUUUCAUCGUCAUUAUUUUUUAUUCUAAACUCAACUGGACGGAGAACAAUGACCCACGGCACCGGAGCAGAAAUGAUCCCGGAGGUUUUGGCCGCCGCGAGUUUCGUUUGCAGACUUUUGCGCGGCCGCGGACGCUUGAGUGACGCGCAGCUCCAGGUGUUCAGAGACUGUCUCGCGCAGGCGCUAUCAGAACACUACCAGCAUCAUUGGUUCCCUGACAGGCCGCAGAAGGGCUCCGGAUACCGCUGCAUACGAAUCAAUCAUGAAAUGGACCCUCUGAUUGGCCGAGCAGCCGGCCGCAUCGGACUGACCAGCGGGCAGCUAUUCUCGCUCUUGCCGCGAGAGCUGACGCUCUGGGUUGACCCGUACGAAGUGUCUUACCGCAUUGGCGAGGACGGGUCCAUUUGCGUUCUCUACGAAGCGGAACCGCCAGUCUCAAGCCCCGCCCCCAGCCUCUCGCCGUACGACCAAACGGCGAACUGCAAAAACCGCUUCAUGAUGGGCGGCCGCACGAGUCCACCAAAAAACUACCUGAUGAUGGUGUCCAGCUGAACGCUCGGGACCGGUUCUGCCGGUACUGGAGCCUGACCGACCAACUGCCAUGUUAAGAGUUGUAGCUGUUCGCGUGACUUCACUUCACGUAAUCCUUUAUUUAAGAUGAACAUUAAAGCACUGGUUGUUACGCGACUGGGCGUCUGCUGGACCUGGAGAUCUUUCAGCACUGUUCCGUGUGACUCUUGUUUAUUUUUACAAUCCCAAAACAGGUUUUGGGGUGUUUUCACUGGUGCUCGCACACGGUUUCGGUGCAAUUACGAUACCUCACGAGAAUGUAAAGUAAUUAAUGGCCUGAAAUGUACUUUACGCAAGUGCGCGAAAGUUUUUGCUGUAAGGAUGUAUUCAAACAACCACAAUGACAAUAAAAUCGACCAGCGUUUUGUGCUUCAGUUUGCUAUAGCGCCACCUGUGGCAACUCUAAGAAUACGACAAUAAAAUCGACCAGCGUUUUGUGCUUUAGUUUGCUAUAGCGCCACCUGUGGCAACUCUGAGAAUGCAACAUUGCUUUACAACGUAUUUGCAUUCGCGUGCUUGCGUACAGUACAUUUCAGGCCUAAAACUGCUGUGGACUUUCAUAAUUUCUAACAGGAGCUGCUAUUGAGCGGGACGCCACAUGAACGAACUCCCAUAAUCCCCUCUGCCUUAACCACAGCACCACCGCUCCCUUAAUAAACGUCACUGCCUGGCUCUUUUAGUCUUACUGUGCAAUAUUCAGGCAAUAACCUUCUAUUGUAAUGUCAUGAGUCAUGUAGACUUUGCCAGCAUCGCUGGGGGAAAUGAUUGUCUUUUCCCAGGAUGCUUUGCAUGUGGUAUGUUGGAAGGUAUCGGGCCGAAGCGCCAGCAGAGACUCACGUCAAGCAUUCUGUCUCUCUCGGGCUGCUGAGCAGCACGCGUUUACUGUUUCAGACAGAGUAAAUGUAGUUUGUAAGCUAUUUUGAAGCAGAGUUGCUUUUAAUGUACAUUUUUUAAAUGCAUUUGUGCAUACAGUCGAUUUUUAUUACAAUAAACCUUUUAUGAAUUAAA